UCCAACUUUAUUUUUAAUUUCUGAGGCGUACGUCAGAAGUGGACGACUUCUUUUCCAUGCUUCACUCCUCACGGCCUCUUUAAAGAGCUUUUUAAGAUGUUAUCCUCCUCAUGCAGCCUCACGGAAAUACAACGCCGGAUAGAUGAAGUGAAGCGCUUUCUGUCUGUGACUCUGAGCGUCGCUAACGCUCACACGGUGGAGUUUUACACCCACGACGCGUGGAGCCGGUUCAUGGCCGUGACUCCUCUGGAGGUCCUGUCAACAGUGAGCUGCUGCAGAGACCAGCAGAGGGAGCCUGAACGCAACGCAGCAGAGCAAUCCAGGACCACAUUCGGGUUUUGCGAUGAAACAAACCGGCUGGUUGAUACCCGUGAACUGCUGCAGGCUGCCAAGGCCCACUCUCUCCCUGGCCUUGGAGUCUGCAUGAGCAGGGAUGAGCUACUGCAGGCCCUCAGAGAGAACAGGGCCGAGUCUGGCGCUCUGGCAGCAGCGAUAGGUGUUGAGCUAGAGACAGAUGAGUUCAUGAACUCUAAGAAAUCUCACGAGGUCCAGUCCAUGUCUGAGGUGGUGGCCUGUCUGGCCCAGCGCUGUGGAGUCAAACAGGUGAUAGACGUAGGCUCGGGUAAAGGCUACCUGAGCUCCUUCCUGUCUCUGCAGUACGGCCUCCGGGUCUACGGCAUCGACUCGUCCAGCACCAACACCCACGGAGCCCAGGAGAGGAACAGGAAGCUGAAGAAGUUCUCCAGGGCGUACCAGAAACACAAAGCACAGCGAGGGGCCACACAUAUACCACCUCAGGAUGAGUUAGCAGAAGCAAAGCCUGGAAUAGAUGGAGGCGUUUUAAAUGGGGAAGGAAUUGUGCCACAGGAGGAAGAGGAGGAGAAGGAGUUAAUUGGCUUAUCGGAUGUCAACCCAAACCCAGAAACAGAGGAGCUCUACCUUAGCGCCCUAUCAGUGGAUGUGAUGCAGCCUACAUCCCUCAGAGUUCCUCCCAGCCAACUUACUGCAGAGGAGAGGGAGAGGAGGAAGAGGGAGAACCUGGAGAGGAAAGCUCAGAGCAGAACCGCCAGCGCCGGCGUCGUGUUUUCCCCCCUCACCUCUUACGUCACCGCGGAAACGGAGCUGCGAGAACUCAUCAACGAGCUGGAGGACGCGGUCAUGGUCGGCCUGCACACGUGUGGCGACUUGGCUCCCAGCACCCUGAGGAUGUUUGCGGCGAAACCCGAGCUGGCCGCAGUCUGCAGCGUGGGCUGCUGCUAUCACCUGCUGUCUGAGGAGUUUGACCCUGCCGGACAGGAGUGUUCGGGCGGCGUGUGCGGUUUCCCUCUGAGUCAGCACCUCCGAGACGGGUCCUGGUUCUGCGGCAGAAACGCCAGGAUGUCGGCGUGUUUGGCGCUGGAGAGAGUUUCACUCGGCCAAGGGAUUCAGAUGGAGUCUCUGUUUUACCGAGCGGUCCUGCAUGUUAUUCUGAGGGAUCACUACAGCAGCUUUAAAAGUGAGAAGCGAGUCGGGAACGUCUACUCCAAGGCCAAAUCCUUCGUGGACUACGUUCGUCGAGCUCUACGCCGACUGGAACUGGAUGAAUCGAAGCUCUCUGACAGCGACAUCCAGGAUUACCACGACACGUACACACCGCGAAUGGACGAGAUGCACGCCUUUAAUAUGUUGAAGGUGACCCUGGCUCCCUGCAUCGAAGGUCUGAUUCUCCUCGAUCGCCUCUGCUACCUGAAAGAACAGAAGGAUUUACCGUUCUCUGCGCUGGUGCAACUCUUUGAUCCCCUGCUGUCUCCGAGAUGUUACGCUGUCGUCGGACUGAAGAGUUCCGAAGACUCACGUUGAUGAAUUUAAUACAUAUGCACAUGAUUAUAAUACGCCGCUUGAGACGGUCAUGAUUAUACGUGAUUAUAUCAGCAGCAUGAGUGAUUGUGUUAUGUAUUCUCUCGUGCUUGUUUUGAUUAUGAUUUAAUCUGAAUUUUGUAAUUUAUUUAUGCAGUCUCUGUAUCACUUUCUGCAACAUCUUGUUUUAUUUUAUAUGCUAGUUUUUUGAUGAAGAAUAAAUCUCCAGUAUUUUUUAGCGUUUA